AUGUCCAAAAAAUUUGUAUUUUCCUCAACUGAGGAUGAAAUUUUAAUUGAAUUUGUGCAACAAAACCGGGAAAUUUUUGAUAGUGCUCACCCUAAGCACAAAGAUUUACAUCACAAAGAAACUAUCUGGAAAACUAUUUCAGAAAAAGUCGGUAGAACAGAGGAAGACUGCAAAAACAGGUGGAGGAAUAUUAGGGAUACAUAUAUGAAACAGAAAAAAAAAUUGUCAACUGGGUCAGCUACAUCUGAAAAAGUCAAUAGAACACUGUCACACUUAUCAUUCAUGGAUUCUGUGGAAUACGAAAGAAAGACUACAUCAAACGUGGAAAAGCAACUUGCUGAUAAUUCUUUUUCCGCCACUGAAGACGGAGGUGAUGGUGAAACACUAUUUGACAUAGAAAAUGAUGAAGACACGUCAUUAGAAUCCCCAAAAAUAUCUACAGAUUUACCAUCAUCAUACGGAAAAAAACGGAUAAGGUCCAAAGAGGAUAAAAUUAGCCAAAUCUUAGCAAAAAGAUCGAAAGAGAGGGAUAUUAUAUUGUCUAAGAUCCAAGCUCAAAAUGAAAUUUUAGUCUCCGGUAUCAGCAAUCAGCAAGAGGAUAGUGUGGAUCAGUUUUUUAAAAGUAUUUCCACGACUGUAAAAAAGCUACCACGACGUGCAAUAAAUGAAGCAAAAAUGCAAAUUUUAAGUUUGGUUAGCCAAUUAGAGGACAAAUAUUGCAACAUUCAAGAACUACCUCAAGUACAUCAAUCUCAAUACGAUUAUAAUUUUCCACUACAACAGACGUUCAUGGCGCCAAGUUCUUCCCCAACUACUUCAACAUCAUCACACGGAUUUAUGCAAUAUAAUUACGAAGAAGAUAAUACAAAUUAA